GGCAGGAGAGUAGGAGGGGAGGUGAGGGACUGUGGAUGGGGAGCGGGAGGCGGAGGCGGCGGGGAGUGGAGCCCGGAGCGCCGGGGAGAGGUAGGAGCCGCUGGGCCGGGCGCUCAGGGACUGCGGGGAGACCGGGGUCUCCAGAGAAAGGCAUUCAGGAUGAAUCUGGAAAAACUCAGCAAGCCAGAGCUCUUGACCCUCUUCAGCAUUCUGGAAGGAGAGCUAGAAGCAAGGGAUCUUGUCAUCGAAGCUUUAAAGGCCCAACACCGAGAUACUUUCAUUGAAGAGCGCUAUGGAAAAUAUAACAUCAGUGAUCCUUUAAUGGCUCUUCAGAGAGACUUUGAAACACUCAAGGAGGAAAAUCAUGGAGAUAAGCAACCUGUCAGCCCCCACCCCCUGUCUGUUCUUAAGGCAGUGAUGAAGCAGUGCAGAAACAUGCAAGAACGUAUGCUGUCCCAACUGGCUGCUGCGGAGAGUCGACACCGCAAGGUGAUACUAGAUCUUGAGGAAGAAAGACAGAGACACGCCCAAGACACUGCCGAUGGAGACAAUAUCACCUACAUGUUGGAGAAGGAGCGAGAGCGGCUGACCCAACAGCUGGAGUUUGAGAAGUCCCAAGUGAAGAAGUUCGAGAAGGAGCAGAAGAAGCUGUCCAGCCAGCUGGAGGAGGAGCGCUCGCGCCACAAGCAGCUCUCGUCCAUGCUGGUGAUGGAGUGCAAGAAGGCGAGCAGCAAGGCGGCCGAGGAGGGCCAGAAGGCCGGGGAGCUCAGCCUGCGGCUGGAGAAGGAGAGGAGCCGCGCCAGCCGGCUGGAGGAGGAGCUGGCGGCCGAGAGGAAGCGCGGCCUGCACACCGAGGCCCAGGUGGAGAAGCAGCUGUCCGAGUUUGACAUCGAGAGGGAGCAGCUGCGGGCCAAGCUGAAGCGCGAGGAGAAUCGCACCCGAACCCUCAAGGAGGAGAUGGAGGCGCUGAGGAGGACCUUGAGGGACCUGGAGGCCUCUCAGCAAGGCGGCGGUGGCGCCGGCGAGGCCGUGUCCCGGAGCACCACCACCGACCCCCCCCAGCUGGCCUCCACGUCCUGCCAGACGGAGAGUCCCGGGGAAAAGGCGGCCAAGGCGGCGACCGCGGGGGCCCCGUCCCCACCCGCACACCCCUAUGCCAAAGCCAACGGCCACUGUGAUGGGGAGGUGUUCCCGAGCGGGGGCGCAGAGAGCCCGGUGCCCCCGCGAGAGAGUGUGCUGGAGAAUGGGGGGUCUCCCGUGGGACCCGAGCCCCCCGCGGCCCUCGCCUCUCAGAGCUCCCCCUCUCCCGGCGGCACCGCUGCCUCCUCUCUGACCUCCUCUCCGUGCUCCUCGCCCGUCCUGACCAAGCGCUUGAUGGGGCCGGCGGCCGGCAGCCCCGGCUACCAGUCGUCCUACCAAGUGGGGAUCAACCAGCGGUUUCACGCGGCUCGGCACAAAUUCCAGGUCCAGGCGGAUCAGGAGCAACAGAGCGGCGGCCUGCAGAGCCCCCCCUCCAGGGACCUGUCCCCCACCCUCGUGGACAACUCUGCUGCCAAGCAGCUGGCCCGCAACACGGUCACUCAGGUGCUGUCCAGGUUCACCAGCCAGCAAGGGCCCAUCAAGCCCGUCUCUCCCAACAGCUCCCCCUUCGGCACAGACUAUCGCAAUCUGGCCACCAGCGGCAGCCCGCGGGGCGACAGCGGCCACUCGCCCACCCCCGGGAAGGUCUCCAGCCCUCUGAGCCCCCUCUCUCCCGGGAUCAAAUCGCCCACCAUCCCCCGAGCCGAGAGGGGGAACCCCCCACCCAUCCCCCCCAAAAAGCCGGGCCUCACCCCGGCGCCAUCCCCCACCGCUCCCCUGACCAAAACCCCUUCCCAGGCAGCCUCCCUGAGCACCGCGGAAGACCUGCCCGGCAGCUGCUCCGCCAACGCCGUGGUGGCCAACGGCAAAGAGAUUGAGAUCCUCCUGCCCACCAGCAGCUAGUGUGGGCGGCCCCGGCCGACAUUCCAGAGCUCAGACGCAGACCUCCGCUCGGGUCCUCUUAUUUAUUUUCAUAGUGGUGGAAAUGUCCUUUAUGAUACAUGCUAGUGUGUUUUCACCUUUUUUAUAUUUUUUUAAGUAGAAACUGAGUAGUUUGGCUUUUGUGUCUCCAAUCUUUGUACCGAAGCUGGAAAAGGCACCUCAGAGAUGUCUCCAGGCUGAACAAUCGCCAUCGUGUCGUGAUGGAGAAGCGCUAUUUACGGACCAGGUGGCAACAUGCUCUCUAUUCUGGGACGGGAAACAUUCACUUUAAAUUAUGCAGAAACCAUUCGUGCAGAUUUUUAUUCCAGAUGAACGUGUAUAAAAAGUGCCUGAAAUAAGACUGCCCGCCAUAGGACUAAAACACACGAAAGGGGUCAUCUCCGGGCAGAAAACGAGACCUUCCGUGACUCCAGAAUGUUCCAAAUCUACUCCACUUUUAAUCCUUGUAGAGCGUUUUUAAUACACAAGACUGUUCCGAAACAAGGCCGCUGCGUUCGAAGGAGGAACCAGCCCCCGCCCAGCCUCCUGCGCAGCUGCCGCCCAGGUGCUCCUCUUCUAACUCCCUGCGGCGAUUCUUGGAUGAAAUGAGAUUGUGAAGGGUCACUCCCUUCCCCCGCCCGGCCCCCCAGAAUGGUUCUUCGAGCAUCUACUGUCGUGUGUAGAACUGCUGAGUCCAAAAUCUGACUAUUACUUGAAAAGGGAAAUUGUUAAACAUUCUGUGUAAAUGUCUUGUGACAGAAUGAAGGGAUCUUAUUUACUAUGUAAUCAAAAAGCAAUAACUUAAAAGUUACUCAUUUUGUAAUGUUUUAAGUCCAAAUUACAGAGGGUUUACCGAACGGCCACCCGUGCUGACCAGUGUGCCGGUGCGUGGUGGCUGUCACUUGGGAACCAAAUUAACAUUUGCCUACAUCGCUAUAGAUAACACUUCCAUGUACAUGUUACCAUACACACCUACCACGUGCAUAUAGAAUAUAAAUUUAGUGUGACUAUAUUCUCCGAGUUUCCAGUAUUGCGUAAAGAAAAAGUAGAAAUGCACAUUAAGAUUACCUACCAAAGCAGCCAGCUUGCUCUCGCCACCUGCGCAACGGGAGGAAUGGUCCCCGCAGGGCGGCGGGCAAAAGCUCAGUCCAAAUCCCUUCUCAUCCUGGGGAAUGUUCCCAGAAGAUGUCGCAACUCGGCGCUGAGUCAGGUUUCUGUCCCCUUCCUGGACGGUCUAUAGGAGAUACAGAUACGCGGUGCAAACAUUUCACGGGAGAGGGAAAACCGACGAUUUCUCAACUUGGCGUAAACGUGUCAAGGCGGCCAAAGCCUCCCAAAAAUGCAGGAUCGAUCCGUCCCUGCAGUCAGGACUGCUCCAAACCCAGCCCAGACAGAUGAAUGUUUUUGCCCUCCAUAAAUGGCUUCAGAGAAUGGGAGUCCCACGCCUCUCUGGGGACACCAUUCUCUAUUUAACAAGUCUUUCACGUGUGUGAAUUUGAGUCCCUGCAUGCAAUUUUAAAUCUGUUCCCUCCUUUCUGGCAUCAGUUCACGGGGAAAGCAAGACACCAAGUAGAAUAUAAAUGGUAGACUGAUUCCCAGGGCUCAUGGUUUGAUCGGGGGGUGGUCUAUAUGUCACCAGGUGAGAAACAGCAAUGUCCCAGGAUAAAUGGGGGUCCUUAAAUUGUUCCAAACCAGAACUGUGCACUGAAUUUCAUCCUUAUCCUUGACCCCCCGUUCCCAAUGGCUACAAUAUAUGACUCAACUAGAGAGGGGGCCUGCAGCUCUUCUAUGUUUAUUACCUCUCUUUAAAUGGUAAUCUUAAAGUUUGCAUUGUGCUCUUUCUUACUUUAUGGCAUAGAUAUAGAGAGAGAUAUAUACUAUAAUGAAGUUUAUUUCUUAGGAAAUGCACUGAAUAAUGUAUUUCUUCUACAGUGUAAAAUGGGGUGGGGAAAUGCAAAAGAAAAUGUGUAUUUUUGCAAGUAGCCUAUCUUCUGAGACAAAUAAGCACAAAUAUUGCAAUGGAUCCAACUAAUCCAGUUAGGUUUUAUAGGUCUAGUAUUUAAGUUUUGCUGUAGAUCGUGUGUUGAUAAGUAAAAAAAAAAAAGUAUGAUUCACAUGUUGGUUAUUAUAAUCAAGUUGUUGCAAAGCUUUGUCACUGGUUAUGAGGUCCAGACACUUAACAGUAGCAUCCAUUGUUCAUUAACACAUGUAAAGCCAAAUGUUUCAUGGGGAAUUCAUCCUUUUUUAUGGCAGAGACAACAUUAAAACAUGUAAAAUCAUAUUGCCAAGAAAACUUAUCUUGUACUAAAUGAAAAAUGUUGUGCAACAAGGUGUAUUUUAUUUGGGGCAAAGGGGAGGGCAGGAGGGAAAGAGAAGAAAUCGAGAGAGAGCCUUCACUUCUAGCUUAAAAAAUACUGUAGCGGAGGUGUGUGUGCAUCCGUGUGCAUUCACGUACACACUCACUCUGAUGCCAAGAGAAGUUGGAAUGGUCACGCAUUGCUUAAUCAGCAACCUUAUUCUAUUAGAUCUGGAAGAAGCCUUUAAAAAUCAACAUUUUGCGGAUGCGGAAACAGCCCCAGAGACAAAGCCUCACGACCGGGUAUUAGCAGAACCAUCCCUCAAAGCCCUCGAAUCCAAGUCCAGUGGCUCUUCCAUCCUGCUGUCUGGCUUCUCAGACCAACGAGGGCCUUGAAGCAGAGAACCUCCAAGUCCCCUUCCACGUCUAGGAUCCUAGGGCCCUAGGAGGGGCACAUCUGGCCUCCAGGACAUGGCACGUAUGCAGGGCUGACACCGAUGCCCCACACCUUCCAGAGCUUGGAGCUGGGUAACCCAGAGGAUCAUUAUGCAAUUUGCAGCCAUAGUUUGCGUUCCUGAUACUCCGGCCUUCCCAGUUCCCAUGUCUCUUCCCCCUUCCCCUCCCUCCUCAAAUGUACUUUUGUAAAGAGUGCCUGGAAUACUUAAUCCUUUCAAAUUAAACAACUUCAAGUGUCUUUUGAAACCCUG